GCGGGCUUUCGGUGGUGCGGCCGGCUGGCAGCUAUGGCGGCCGUCCGCGGCCUGCGAGUGUCUGUGAAGGCGGAGGCCCCCGCUGGGCCGGCUUUGGGGCUUCCGUCGCCCGAGGUGGAGUCCGGUUUGGAGCGUGGCGAGCCGGAGCCCAUGGAAGUGGAAGAAGGCGAGCUGGAAAUCGUGCCGGUGCGGCGCUCCCUAAAGGAACUGCUCCCGGACACAAGCAGAAGAUAUGAAAACAAGGCUGGCAGCUUCAUCACUGGGAUCGAUGUCACCUCCAAGGAAGCAAUUGAAAAGAAAGAACAGCGAGCCAAGCGCUUCCACUUUCGAGCAGAAGUAAAUCUUGCCCAGAGAAAUGUAGCCUUGGACCGAGACAUGAUGAAGAAAGCAAUUCCCAAGGUGAGACUGGAGACAAUCUACAUUUGUGGAGUGGAUGAAAUGAGCACCCAGGAUAUCUUCUCCUAUUUUAAGGAAUAUCCUCCAGCUCACAUUGAGUGGUUGGAUGACACCUCCUGCAAUGUGGUUUGGCUGGACGAGAUGACGGCCACACGAGCUCUCAUCAAUAUGAGUUCUCUGCCAGCCCAGGAUAAGAUGAGAAGCAGAGAUGCCAGUGAAGACAAGUCGUCGGAGAAGAACAAGAAAGACAAGCAGGAAGACAGUUCAGAUGACGACGAGACUGAAGAAGGAGAAGUGGAAGAUGAGAAUUCAAGUGAUGUAGAGUUGGACACGUUGUCUCAGGUAGAAGAAGAGUCUCUGUUACGAAAUGAUCUUCGUCCAGCUAACAAACUUGCUAAAGGAAAUAGACUAUUCAUGAGAUUUGCUACAAAAGAUGACAAAAAGGAACUUGGAGCAGCCAGAAGAAGUCAAUACUACAUGAAGUAUGGAAAUCCAAAUUAUGGAGGCAUGAAAGGAAUUCUUAGCAAUUCAUGGAAGCGAAGAUAUCAUUCCCGUCGCAUUCAGCGGGAUGUGAUCAAGAAGAGAGCCCUGAUUGGGGAUGACGUUGGCUUGACGUCGUAUAAACACCGACAUUCCGGAUUAGUGAAUGUUCCUGAGGAACCCAUUGAGGAAGAGGAGGAGGAGGAGGAGGAAGAGGAGGACCAGGACAUGGAUGCCGAUGACAGAGUCGUGGUGGAGUACCAUGAGGAGCUCCCAGGUCUCAAGCAGCCCCGUGAGCGGAGCCUGUCUAGGCGAUCCAGUGCGAGCAGCUCAGACUCAGAUGAGAUGGACUAUGAUCUGGAACUGAAGAUGAUUUCUACUCCCUCCCCAAAGAAAAGCAUGAAAAUGACCAUGUAUGCAGAUGAAGUAGAGUCCCAACUGAAAAGUAUUAGGAAUCCCAUGAGGGCAGAUAGUAUAUCCACAAGCAAUAUAAAAAACCGAAUUGGUAACAAAUUGCCUCCUGAGAAAUUUGCAGAUGUCCGUCAUCUCUUAGAUGAAAAGAGGCAGCAUUCCUGUCCACGGCCAGCAGUCAGCAGUACUAAACCAGAUAUUCGCCAGCGGUUAGGAAAAAGACCGUAUUCUCCAGAGAAGGCUUUUAGUAGUAACCAGGUGGUUCGGAGAGAGCCCUCUUCAGAUGUACAUAGUAGGCUAGGUGUUCCCAGGCAAGAUGUUAAAGGCCUCUACUCUGAUACUCGGGAGAGGAAAUCAGGUGGUUUGUGGACUCGCUUAGGAUCUACACCCAAGACCAAAGAAAAGAACACGAAGAAAGUGGAUCACAGGGCAUCUGGUGCUGAGGAAGAUGACUCGGAGCUUCAGAGAGCAUGGGGUGCUCUGAUCAAGGAGAAAGAAGAGUCUCGCCAGAAGAAGAGUCGGCUGGAUAGCUUGCCUUCGCUCCAGAUUGAAGUCAGCCGGGAAAGUAGCUCUGGUUCAGAGGCAGAGUCCUGAUGCCCUGGCCUUGGCAACUGCCCUUAAAUCUGACAUUCUUACAUAAGGUGGGGCGUGCAGUGGGAACCUCCCUUGCAGGAGCUGGCGCCCUUUCCUCCUACCUGCACCCUGAACACUUGCUGUCCUAGUAGGACAGCUUAAGAGUGUGAUGAGUUUUGAAGGAAGGGUGUCUCUGUCUUGUGCUGCAGAGUUACAGUUCUGGGUCCUCAAGUCUUCCCCACCACCCCACAAGCUUUACCCUUGGAGUUAAAGGCAACCCUCCAGAUUUUGUAGACAUUUUCUUAAUAUUUUUAACAUUGUGUCUUUUAAAAGCAAUGUUUUACACAGUCAUCCAAAGAGCCGAGAACUGAACUUCUCAUUGUUGCCUUGGCCCUGACAGAUCUUGCCAGCACCCUGUUCCAAGAAAAGUCAGUUCUCAGGUGCUUACUGGACAGUCUUUGAGGGGGAAGAUGAGGGAAGCUGCCAGCUCAGCCUUCCAGGGCCUUAGUGUGGUGGCUAAGUCUCUCAGACCUGACCUGAGACCCUCCCGAGUAGAUAUGCUUGCAGCAGCAGUCAGCAGUGGCUUCCAUUCCUCCCGGGGGGAGUCUUUUAGAGCCUUUUGCUGGCUGGUAGCCUGGUGUAAAGACCAAGUUCAGUGCUGUAGGACUUCUAGGGACAAACAACUGUGACUUCUGGAUUUGGAGUUGAUUUCUGUGCUUAGGGGUGGGGUCUUGGGUUGAUGUUGAACAAUUUUUAAGUCUGUAUUAUGUUUAAAAACUAUUAAUGACUUAAAAGUUUAAAUUUUUAAUUUUUAUAUGUGGAUAUUCCUCCUGUUGGCUAAGGGGAAGCUCAAGUGGUGUCUUUUGUGUUGUUAAAUAUACAUUAUAUACUUUGGAAGAAGGCAAAGAAAGGAGUGUCAUUAUUUUGAAUGGUACCAAUUGUAUGGUCUGUUGUACUUGAGUUCAACUUGCUUUGUGGCCACUGUAGGAAAGAAACUGCUGUCCAUCUGUGAUGGGCUCUUGUUUAUUCCCACUUUUCUAGAAAUGAUACCCUGAGAAUUCACUCUUUGUGUCUCUGACUUAUUAUUGAAGACUUAUUCAAAACUAGCAAAUAAGACAGUAGUUUCAGAAAAUGUAAGUUUAUGUUUAUUCUCCUUUCAAAUGAUUUUACCAUGGAAAGGGAGUAAGUAGAUUAUUUGGCUUCUCAUCUGACUUUACUUUAUAGUAUUUAAUACUGUAUUGCUCUACAGGCUUAAAAGUGGUGUUUCACUUGAGUGCAUAAGCAUGCCUUUGGGAUGUCAAGCUCUUCACCUGCUCGGCUUGUUCUGUGCCCAGUAGGUCACAGAGCACUUGACUUGUGGUUGAGCACGUGUCCCUUGGUGGCUGCCUACACUGUGAAUGAACAGUGAUGCACAUGAAGAAGCAGAAGACUUCAGAACUAAGUCGUAACAAAACUGUAUCAUAUGUAUCAUUUGGUUAGCAACCCCACCCCACCCCCAUCUCCACCCUACCCCCAGAAAGAUGGGAGCAUAUAACCAAAGUGGUUUGGCUUCUGAGGAUCCUAGAAAAAGGUAGUUCUAAUUUCUCUGCCAGUUCAGACCUAAGUCCUCCAAGGUUUCUAAGUUUAUCUUGCCCUUUGUAGCUCACAGCUUACAGUCAGGUUCUUAGAGGUUCAGACUUUGGUAGAGUAAGAAGAAAAAUGGCCUGAGAACAGAGACCUGGAUGCCAACCAGGACUCUACACACUGGGCCUGAGCCUUGGUUUCCCCAUGAAGCAAGGAAAUGGUCUGGUGCAGAGAUUCUGGCUUUGUUGAUAUCUCUCAGUGGUAUUUUAUUCUUGGAAGUUGUGGCUGCAGCAUGUUUUUCUGUUGAGGUGGCCAAAGUGUCAGGGAACAAGGUGGCCAUGAGAUUGUGAACAGAGACUCACCCCAUCCGUUUACAGGCUCCAGUUCUCCCAGUGUGUUGAAGAUGUGCCUGUGGGGUCUAGAGCCCCAACCCAUCCUCAGCUUUCUUAUUGUUCUAUCUGGCAACCCAGGCCCAUUUGCCUAGGGUCUUUGAGCACUUGUCAACCUCCUGCUAGAGAUGAGGGGAGGACUUUAUGGAAGGUAGGCAGUAUGUAUUCAAAACUAACUCCUUGAGCUGACCAGGAAAGAUGCCCUUGAGCAGCAUUGCAGUUUUUACAGCACAGACAACCCAGAAACGUACAUACUGCCUAAAGUGAUGGUCUGCCCAGCAUCUCUCUCUCCAGCCAGCUCUCAGAGCUGCCCAGAGCUUCAACACCUUGAACCCUAUGUGCUUAGGAGUGACAGUAGUCAGGAUAGCCCAGCAGGCAGCUGGGUAUACUUUAUUCAGGGCACUUUCUGUACAUGUGGGGUUAGUCUUUAUAUGUAGGAGAUUAUUAAAUGCCCUUUUGCUGCUUCAUAAUAAUUGCAGAUACCUCAUCUUUGUUUCCUACUACUCUUCUUUGUAGAGGGGCCUGAUGGCCUCUGGCCCUCCUCUAUCAUAAUUCCAUGAUUCCUUCCCCUGCUUCUGUCUUUCCUUUCUGCGGCAGCUUCUCUCAACCCUCCCUCUUCAUUCUACACAUUGUAGUGGGGGCAAAUUUUUACUUGAGAGAUACGUACAUAGUAUGCAGUUUAUCCUUGUACAGUGUACAUUUGAUUGUCGUCUAUUUACAGAGCUGUGGAACCAUUAUCAUCAUCAGUUUUAGAACAUAUUUAUCACCAGAAAAAUCCUGUUCCCACUAGCAGUCCUCCUUCACCUCUCCUCAGACCUGGCAACUACUAAUCUUUCUGUCCUUGUGGAUUUGCCUAUAACGGACCUUUCAUAAAUGUUAUAUGCGAUGUGCAAUGUGUCUGUUUACUUAGUUUUAAGGUUCAUCUGUGCCAUGGUAUAUAUCAUCAUUUCAAGUAGUGAGUACCUCUCUCUCUCUCUCUCUCUUUCUCUCUCUCUCUGUGUGUGUGUGUGUGUGUGUGUGUGUGUGUGCGCGUGUGCGCUUAGACAUUUUCAUUGUGUGGCCCUGGCUGCCCUUAGAACAGGCUGGUCUUGAGUUCACAGAGGAAGCUCUGCUUCCCAGGUGCUGGGAUUAAAGGUGUGUGGCACUGUGCCUGCCAGUGGGUUUGUUUUGUUUUGUCUUUUCUCUUCAGUUUUUUAAAUUGUCUAAAUAUUUCAUUACAGUGCAUAUAAUGGGCGUUCUGUGAUUUCUAGUCAGGACGAUCAUGAAUAGGCUUCUGUAUAUAUGUGUGUGCAACACCCCUUCAUGUUCUCCUUCAUGGACAUGUGGGGGUUUUGGUGGUGGUGGAGGUGGGUUUUUGUUUGUUUGUUUGUUUUUGUUUUUGAGACAGGGUUUCCCUGUGUAACAAGCUCUGUCUGUCCUGGACUCAAUUUGUAGACCAGGCUGGCCUCGAACUCACAGAGACCCUCCUGCCUCUGCUAGCCAAGUGCUGGGAUUAAAGGGGUGCACCACCACACCCAGCGUGUUUUCAUUCUUUUGUAUAGGAAUAGAAUGGAUGGAUCGUAAGGCAGCUCUUACCUUUAGUCUUUGGAGGAAUUGCCAAGCUGUGUUCCCAUGGAGGAUAUCAGGAUUCCAGUUUAUCAAGUCUUCACCAAUAUUGUUUACUAAUUUGAAGUGUGUUUCAUUGUGUAUGUGCUGUGUUUUAUUUUGUGGCAGUGCAGGGGACCAGACCCAGGACUUGCAGAUGUAGACAAGUAUUGUACCACUGGGCUCCAUCCACAGUCCCUUAGCUGGUUCUGAGUUGCAGUUUCCUAAUAACUAGUGAUGUUGGCCAUUAUGUCUUCCUCUUCCUCCUGUGUCUGUGUCUGUGGUUUUAAGAUAGGGUUUCAUGUGUUGGACAAUAUUUUUGUUUUGUCUUUUUUUUUUUUCAAAGAUAGAAUUUCUCAGGCUGGGGAAAUAGGCUUACAACCAAAAAUAUAAGAGUUCGGUUCCUAGCACCCAUAGCUGUCUCUCCAGCCACAAAAAAAAAAAAAAAGAAAAAGAAUUUCUCUGUGUAGCCCUGGCUGUUCUGGAACUCCAGGCUAGCCUCAGAGUCAGAGAUCUGCCUGCUACUGCCUCCUGAGUGCUGGGAUUAAAGGCAUGCACCACCACGCCUAGCUAUGUUGGGCAUAUUUUCAUGUAUAACAAGAUGAACUCUUAAGAUAUCAAUCUGAUCUUAACUAUGCUUGUGCUUGAGACCUUUCCAGAACUUCAUCAUUGUUUCUGGAAUAAAAUUUCAAACUUCUGGGCUGGAGAGAUGGCUCAGCGGUUAAGAGCAUUGACUGGCUCUUCUGAAGGUCCCGAGUUCAAAUCCCAGCAACCACAUGGUGGCUCACAACCAUCCAUAAUGAGAUCUGAUGCCCUCUUCUGGGGUGUCUGAAGACAGCUACAGUGUACUUACAUAUAAUAAAUAAAUAAAUAAAUAAAUAAAUAAAU